AUGGCGGAUUCCGACAACGAUUCCGGCGGCCACAGCAACAGCAACGCGAGCAGCCGGGAGCAGGACAGGUUCCUUCCGAUCGCCAACGUCAGCCGGAUCAUGAAAAAGGCCCUGCCCGCCAACGCCAAGAUCUCCAAGGAUGCCAAGGAGACCGUCCAGGAGUGUGUCUCCGAGUUCAUCAGCUUCGUCACCGGCGAGGCCUCCGACAAGUGCCAGAGGGAGAAGAGGAAGACGAUCAACGGCGACGACUUGCUGUGGGCCAUGACCACCCUAGGGUUCGAGGAGUACGUGGAGCCUCUCAAAGUUUAUCUGGCCAAAUAUAGGGAGAUGGAGGGGGAGAAAAGCUCUGUGUUGGGGAGCAAGGAGGGCGGCGCCGGCGGCUUGGCUGUGAAUUCAGGCGGGUUUAACGGCGGUGGGAUUUAUGGUGGGGCUGUGAUGGGUUAUCAUCAUGGUGGGCAGAUGUACGGCGGUUCUGGUGGGUUUCAGCAUAUUGUGGGGAAAGGGAAUUUGGGGAAUUCCGGCAGCUAUGUGUCGGGCAGUGGUGGCUCCGGCGGAGCCACCGGGAGGCCGAGAUAA